AUGUUCUGGACCUCAGAUGCCAACGCCAGGCUCUUUAUCGGAGUUCUGAACCAAAUGCGCGGCAAAGUCAAACUCGACUAUGAGUUUCUCGCUGACCACAUGGGCUCUGACUGCACCCCCUGCGCCGUCGAGCAACACAUCAUCAAACUCAAGCGCCAGGCCAACAAGCUUUCGACCAGUUCUUCCAAGGGUGCCGAGAGUUCGAGCAACAAAUCUACCCCGGCUAGUACCCCGAAGAAGCGCCAGGCAGAUCAGACGCCUAUGACACCGAUCAAGAAAGUCAAGAAGGAUGGUACUUCUUCCGCUGCCCUGAUGAUCGUUAAGGAGGAGAUGAAGCCCAAGGUUAAGACCGAGUUUAAGGAGGAGUUUAUGGCUUGA